AUGGACAUCAAUGUGUUUCCGUUUGAAGUACGAGGCCUGGUGAUUCAAGUCAGAAAUCAGCAGGGAGAAGCAGUCGGACGAUUCGACUGGGACCCGAGAUUCACGAUUCCUCAGUGGUUACAGGAUCAACGAGACCAAACAUUUAACCUCAUCGACUGCCAGAACCUCAAUGAUACUGUCCUGUUUCUCGGUUAUGAGCUGAUAGAAUCCGCCCAAGAUGGGUUCAUCCUGCCUGUUUGGUACCGAGACGAUCCAUCGAUAAGUUUGGCAGAUAUAACCGUUGAAUACACAAUUUUAUCAACAAAAGAUGCAUAUUUUUCGUCUUUGCCUUUUAGUUCAACUGCUCAAAAUGGAAUAUCCAAUCAAGAAUGCCUUGAUCAGGGACUUUCGCCAUUAUCUGCUGAAAUAGUCGCACCAGAAACGACAACGGUAGUUUCAAACUUAGUCCAAAAUACGACGAUUCAAGAUGUUGAAACAACAGCUGUUCCUCAGACAACCACAUUUGAGCUAUCGACGUCACUCAUCUCUUUAUCAUCUCCUUUAGAAACAACAACUCAGCCGGUUACAACGGAUGAACCAACCCAGGAAGUGACGACGCUGCAGAAUCCGUUGCUUACCACCAGCGCGCAACUAAUUCUGGAAACCACGAAUGCGGCAGUUUCCAGCAACACAACUACCGCUUUGAUAACUGAACCGAUUGAGUUGACCACAGAAGAAGAAACAACGACAAUUUACUCAAACACAACUUCAAGUUUUCUGAUUGAUCGUCUCUCACCGUCUCUAUGGGAAAUUUGGCUGCCCUUACUGAUCUUUUUCAUUCCGCUUUCUUGCUUUUUACUGUGGAUAUUCUUCAGAGAAAAAAAGAAGCAGGAUAAUGAGGUACACCCCGAGGAUGCCCAUCAAGAUUAA